CAGCCUCGUUCUGGUCUUUCUCUUCCUCUCGAUCGCCAUCAUGGGUCGUAUGCACGCUCCCGGAAAGGGCCUGUCCCAGUCAGCGCUGCCUUACAGACGCAGUGUGCCGACAUGGCUGAAACUGACAAGUGACGAUGUCAAAGAACAGAUCUACAAGCUGGCCAAGAAAGGUCUGACCCCCUCGCAGAUUGGUGUAAUCCUGAGGGACUCCCAUGGUGUUGCCCAGGUGCGCUUUGUCACUGGCAACAAGAUUCUGAGGAUCCUGAAAUCCAAGGGUCUGGCACCAGACCUGCCUGAGGAUCUAUAUCAUCUGAUCAAGAAGGCUGUUGCUGUCCGUAAGCACUUGGAAAGGAGCAGGAAGGACAAGGAUGCCAAGUUCAGACUGAUUCUCGUUGAAAGCAGAAUCCACAGACUGGCCCGUUACUAUAAGUCCAAGAGAGUACUUCCACCCAACUGGAAGUACGAAUCCUCCACCGCAUCUGCACUGGUUGCAUAAGUUUUGUCAUUUUUUUGGACAGAAAUAAAUGGUUUCACCUUGAUGAAAA